AUGGAGGGUAUCCUACAUAUGGUGGAUAUCCUGGAUACGAAGAACCAAGACGCCGAAGGAACGCGUACGAUGACAGUUACGAUAGCGACGAGAGCUAUGAUGGUUAUCGAUAUGGAGCUGCUCGACGACGAUACCGCAACGGGUCAGGAAGACGUGGCCGCGCGAAGAGAUGAUAGGAAUGCCAAAUCGUACAACCUGUCAUGUAACAACCUGACCGGCGGUCCGCCAGGCUUCGUACCCGUUGGCAAUAACAACAGGAGCAACAAUGCUAACGCCCCUGCACCGCAGCGUGCUCCUAACGCACCGAACCAAGCACCACCAGCUCGGGGUCCGGGUGUUCAGGGCCAAGGCCAUGGCAAUCCUCAACCGCCGCCGCCGCCGCCGCCGCCACAGCAGCAGCAGCAGCAACAGCAACAGCAACCCGACUUCCACCAGAUGCCCGCUAUGAACAACGCCCGGGGCCCACAACCCGGAGAGGCGGAUCCUCAUCUGCAGCCAGGAGGGCAGACUGAAUUCGGUGAGCGGCCACUAGGGCAGGGCCGAAGCGAGGAUGCUGACGCUGAACCCGCUGCUCCUGAUGGCGGGCGGGGCGGAGGUGCGCCUGACGAUAGACCGCCUCAGCACCCGUGGAUGCCAGAGACGCGGUUCUAUAAUCAGCAGCAGACGCGAAGGAGAAGAUGA